AGGCACAGUGCCCGCACUCUGGCGUUCGACUCCUUGGAAAUCCACCGAAUUGUUGCUCACUUUGGUUUCUGCGAGGAGUUGAUUGAAUUGGAGUUGUGUGCAGUGAAGAAGAUCACUUUGAUGCGAACCCACAAAGCCAAUUCCCUCAUGGGGUCGUUUGAAUGUUGACAUUGUAUCUCGCUGCGAAGCGUGGGGGGUGUUUUGUUGCAGUGUAUUUGGAGGUCGUGGCGUUGGAAGAUCCUUGGGCGUGAUGGGAGAGAACCGGAUGGAUGGGCAGGUGAAGCAUGCGAAGUCUGGUAUGAAGAAGGCAGGAGCAAAGAAGGGCGAGAAGGGUGGUGGUUCAAUUGAGUCGAGGAAGGAAACUGUGCCUGUGCAGCUGAAGCUGCGGUUGUUUGUGGGAGGAUUGGGACCAACGGUUGGAGUUAGUGAUUUGCAGCAACGGUUUGCGCCGCUGGGGGUAGUGCAUAAGAUCGAUUUGGUGCCGGGAAAGAAAGAUUGGAGUCCCGAGGGGGCGUUUCAACGUGGUUUUGCGUAUGUAGACUUCGAGGCCUCGACGGAAGCCAGUCUGAAGAAAUUGUUUAGUGCUUAUAAUGGGUGCAAGUGGAAAGGGGGAGUUCUGCGGAUUGAGAAAGCUAAGGAACACUACAUUGAUCGACUGCGUCGAGAAUGGGUUGAGGCUGAAGCUGAAGCUGCCGCCAAGGCGAAGAUUGCCGAGGAGGCUGCUGCGAAGGCGAUUAUUCAAUCUCGUCCCAUGUACUCCAUAAAUUAUGAAGAUGUGGAAAGCCCUGAGGGUGACGAGGUCGAGUUGGGAGAAGUCACAGGUGAAGAAGAUGUUAUGGGAGUCGAUGCAGAUUUAGUUGCAGCUCAGAUAGAGAAUGAAAGGAAGGGGCAUCUCGAUCUGCUUAGCAAGCUUUUUCCAGAGGACAAAGAUGCUGGUGAAGAAGAGGAGAAGGUUAUUGAAAUUGUGAAGUUGCGAGCAUUUCCAAUGCCCACUGAUGCUGGUGCAAAGAAAAGAAAGAGUAUAGAUGAGAAUCCUACUGAAGCUGUCCCACCAGCCUCCACAUCGGGACAACCCGGCGAGGAUUGCUCUGGGGUUGCAAGUGCCUCGAAGUCGAAGAAACGGCAAGUAAAGUUUUCGAAAGAAGCUAAUGCGCCCCACUCUGAUUCCGUACAUAAUAAAGAAGUGACGAUUGAGAGCAAACAGAAGAGUUCAGAUGGUAACACCAACGGCUUGCGGCCCAUACUCAAGAAGUCUCAGGUUUCCAAAAAGAUGGACGUAGACGUGGAUGGAAAGGAGGAGGAGGAGGAAGAAGAAGGAGAAGAAGAAGAAGCAGAGGAGGAGGAGGAGGAGGAGGAGGAGGUUUACUCCCCUUCCAGUCGUUCCCCGAGUCCAGAAGGUGGCCUCUCGGAGGGACACAAGUGGGAGCGUCUUUUCAAGUAUGCUGGUUUGAAGAAAGGUCCAGACAUGAGCAGGCCUAUGGAUGGUGUAUUCACAGGGAUUAGUCUUGAUGAUGAUGAGGAGGAAGAUCCGGCUGUGGUCGAGGCUAAAACUCCUCAGCAGGACUUGGUUGGGAAUGAUGGGAUGUUGUCUGGUGUUCUUAGCGAGCAAGAAGGUGAAACUUCUCGGCGAGGUGCGGUUGGAAUGGAUGGCAUCUUCUCUGGCGUUCUAAGCGAGCCAGAAGAAGAGGAGUCUGAUUCACCGCUACAAAAUGCACUUGGGAGUAAAGCUCUAGACAGCAUCAUUAUGAAGAAAACAAAGAAGUUGACAGAGGAACCAGGCAUGAGUUCUGAUGAUGUGUCUGAUCAAGGUGAAGAGACUCUCGAGUUUGAGGAUUCUGACGAGAAUUUGCAAGUUACCGAAUCUGAUGAAUCCAGUGAUUCUGAGAUGGAUGGGGAUUUGGAUUCUGAUAUGGAGGAUUUUGGAGAUGAUCCUUCGUCUGCGCCGAAGGCCCUCAUUCCUACAUGCCUUGACGACGCUGCAAAGGCUAGUAAAUGGGCGAGGAUGUUCGAGUCCGCCACGAAUGUUGCGGCACCUCUGGAGGGAGUAUUUUCUGGGUCAUUAGAUGAUGUCAAUGCAUCCACGGAGGUAAGGCCGGCUGUAAUAGAGCAGAGAAUGGUGGAGUCAGCGGAUGCUAAUCAAACAGGAAGCAUCAAUAAGGCUCCAACGGCGUCUAAUAAGAUGGUUGCAUCAGAUGAGGAGGCGACCAGUCAAAGUUCGGGAGAGGAAGACAGGAGUACUAGUUCUGAACAUUUCACAAAUACCGACAUUGCAGAGCCUGAAAACAACCAUAUCACAGAUGCCAGUGGAGACGAAGAAGACUGUAGAAAUACUGAGCAGGAUCGAGGAACUAUGAGUGGUAAUUUGCUGUCACGGUUUAACCUGGAGCAAGAUGAUCGAAACCCCUCAGAUUUGGCACAAAUUAGCGGCGCAGAGUCUUCUGGUGAUGUAGAAAAAACGAAGCCCGAUCCAGGCAAAGAGAACACUGGGGAUGGGGUUGGAUUGCCAAGUUCAGUUCCGUAUCCUAGAGAACAAAACAACGUUGAUGAUAAUACGAAGUGGAUACAACGAGCUUCGUGGAAGUCGCUCAUGGGUGCUGAUGGCCGGGCAGUCUUCUCCCUCAAGCAGAUUACUGGGGAACCUGAAACUACGAAAGCCACAAAUGACGUGAAGAAAACUGAGGAAGCGUCGUUGCCAGAACAAACGUUUGGUUCGUUCAGUUUCAACUUUGCUCGAAACUCAUCCGAUGCUUCUGGAUCUCGACGUAAACAACUCAAUAGCGAGCAAUCUAAAAAAAAGAGUAAGUUGGGGUCAGCUUCAGAUAAACGUGAGAAACCUGAUGAGGUCAUAGAGGAGGAAACUGGGUGUUUGUUCAUGAAGUCGACCAACGCAGAGAAAGAGUGGCGAGCUUCAAAAUCUGAACUACGUAUAGAUUCUAAGUCGAAGCAUAAGGCAGCUGUGAGAAAGAUGAAGAAGAUGAAGGGCUCAGGUGGGGCUAGGUAAGGACACGACGAGUUGUCUUGGUCUUGAAGAAAAAUUACAAUUAAUUUUGUAGGAAAUGAGUCACCAGACUGGCUGACGUUCUGAUGAGUUUCUUGUGAAUAUGAAUUAGUUCUGUGGAAUGUAUUUUUUGGGAGAUGAAUACAUUGUUCGUCUAAGUAACUGAACCUGGUCAGUCGUACCAGCUUAUUCAUUCCUACAAGUUGGCUUAGCCUUUAUGCAUCAAGUGAAUUCACAGUGAAAAGUCCUUAGAUGCAAUUAGGAGACCUCAAAUGCGGAGUCAGCAGAUAGGUAGAUCUAAAACAGAACUUUCAAAAAAUGAUUGUUACAAAAAAGAAUCAAUCCAAAGUUAGGCUUCUUAGAGUUGCAAACUAA